UCUGUGAAAACUAAUUUUUGAACACAUUAAUUUUCUGGAUUACCAAAUCCUACUUUUUCCCUCAAACGAUAUAUUGAAAAACUAAUUGCAAAACUAUCAAUGCCAUCGACAGUACCAUCGAUGGUUUUGCAGCCCUAAUACUGCACUCAAAUUUGUUUAUAUUUUGCAAAAACUGCAUUAAUGGCAAACUUACAGUUAACUCAGGAAAAACUCGAUGCCCUGCGCUCAGAGUACAGACCACGUCGACCGUGCGCCCUUCUAAAGUACCCGAGACCGAAAACAAAACCGGAAUACCAAGCGAUAUACCCAUGGCUACUGCCGGACGAGACGGAUCCACACUUUGUGUUCUGCGCGGUCUGCGAGUGUCGCCUCAGCUGCAAGCGCUCCGACCUGGGCAAGCACGAGGGCAGCAUCAAGCACUCGGAAAAUUCACAACGCAAGUCCUUGGUGCCAAAGACCGAGGCUGACGCAGAGGAGGCGUCCGGGGUCAUGAAGUGGGAAUACACCGACGAGGAGGAGGGUCUGUUGCAGAGCUAUAGGGCAGGCCACGAGAAAGAAGAGAACGAUGAUGAAGACGCCGACGCUGACGCUGAUGGGGAUGGAGAUGCCGAUGUCGAUGCGGAGGUUGACGACGACGACACUGACCCAAAUGGAGAUGGCGAAGCAGAUGCAGAUGCCCAGAAUGAUAACGAGACCGAGCCAGCUUCCAAGCAACAGCGGCGCAUAUCCGAAAGUGAUUCGCAACAUUCCGGCAUGCUGGACUAUUUGCCUCUCCACGUGACCAUCAACGAGCUGCCCAACCAGCUGCUGCCCGGCACUCCGUUUCCUCCGGCUGCCACGGUGCCGCAGCCAUGCCGCAUCACCAUCAAAAAGGUGCCGGCGAACGUGGCACAGAUGGCCGCACCCAGCACGCCACCAAACGUUGCCCAGUCUCAUGAAAUUACGUCCAAGGCUACCAUCACGCCCAUUGCAGCCUCCGGCAGCUGCUACACGCCCUCCACGCGUCUGCCGCAGUCGUACGCGUCCCGGCAGCUGCAGUCGUACCAGCUGCAGCACCUAUCCCCCAUCACCCCGCCGCGCGACUCACUGGAGCUGUUUUUCGACAGCAUCUGCGCCACCGUCAAGUCGCUACCGCCAAAGCUAGCCACCGAGGGCAAGAUCCGUGUCAUGCAGCUGAUCGGAGAGCUGGAGCUGCGUGCCCUCAGUGACCAGGAUCAGGACUGCCUGCUCGCCGCUCCACCUAGUCUCGAUCUCGCCGCCAGCGCACCGGCUACCCCUGAUACUCCUGGCAGCAGCCAGCAAAAUGCAACGGUGGCAUCCACGACGAAGUAGCUCGCCGCAUGCGACACGGCCCACUCAACCCAUGGAAUCAGUUCAAAACAGGCUCAAGUUGCUCUCGCCAGUACAGUAGACUUUGACAAAGUAGAGUUUCUGGUGCUUUCAUCAGUUUUUAUAAGUUUGUUAAUCGAUUUUCAUUAAU